GUGGGCCAGACCAUCGUGCACGCCAAGGGGGCAGGGCAACGAAAUGCCGCAGAGGCCUGGGGCACAGGGCCGCAUCCAAUCGGCGGCAGCUAAGGGUAUCAGAUUGCCUACUGCCUGGCCAACAGCAACUCCAGCACGUUCACCACAGUGGAGAUGGGUGCUAUGGUGAGGCAAUUCAUGGCCACCGAGCUGGACCCAGAGUCAGCGUACAUCUUCAGGCUGAUGAUCAAGAUGAGGCAGGCCUGGGGGAGCCCCUAGAGGCCACCAUCAUCACCACUGAGAAGCGAGGUGGUGCUUCGAAACUAAGGUGACUGGACCUCGUUGGCAGCAUCCAACACGUCUGGCCUCUGUCUCUUCAGUGCAGAUUCAAGUGCAAAAUAUACAGGAAUGUGACCUCUUUCAUCUCCCUGGUGGAUGUAUAUCACAGUUGCAGAGUCCCAGGCUGGCAGGAGAAGUGGGCGUGGUCGCUGGGACAGCCCUCCAAAAUGGGUCAGGUGGCGCUUUGAGGCUCAGGGGACGUGGCCUACUGGGCAGCAUCAAGAGCGUCUGGCUUCUGUCUCUUCAGUGCAGAUGGAAGUGCAGCACGUCCAGGAGUGUGACCGCUGUCGUCUCGCUGGUGCACGUGCAUCGCAGUGGGCCCUGAAGCCCAUGAGCCUCGCCGAAUUCCCAUGUCAUUUCCCAAUUACAGCAUGUUGCAUCCCUAAACCAGAAGUGAUCCUGAAGUUGGAGCAAGGAGAGCAGCCAUGGAUGCUAGAGGAAGAGUCCCCAAGUCAGAGCUACCCAGAAAGACUUGAAGGCGUAUACAGGAACAAUAUUGAUGAUGUAGUAAGGUUUUUGGAUUCAAAGCAUAAAAACCAUUACAAGAUAUACAAUCUGUGUGCUGAAAGACAUUAUGAUACCGCCAAAUUUAACUUCAGAGUUGCACAGUAUCCUUUUGAAGACCAUAAUCCACCACAGCUAGAACUUAUCAAACCCUUUUGUGAAGAUCUUGACCAAUGGCUAAGUGAAGAUGACAAUCAUGUUGCAGCAAUUCACUGUAAAGCUGGAAAGGGACGAACCGGUGUAAUGAUUUGUGCAUAUUUAUUACAUCGGGGCAAAUUUUUAAAGGCACAAGAGGCCCUAGAUUUCUAUGGGGAAGUAAGGACCAGAGACAAAAAGGGAGUAACUAUUGCCAGUCAGACGCGCUAUGUGUAUUAUUAUAGCUACCUGUUAAAGAAUCAUCUGGAUUAUAGACCAGUGGCACUGUUGUUUCACAAGAUGAUGUUUGAAACUAUUCCAAUGUUCAGUGGCGGAACUUGCAAUCCUCAGUUUGUGGUCUGCCAGCUAAAGGUGAAGAUCUAUUCCUCCAAUUCAGGACCCACACGACGGGAAGACAAGUUCAUGUACUUUGAGUUCCCUCAGCCUUUGCCUGUGUGUGGUGACAUCAAAGUAGAGUUCUUCCACAAGCAGAACAAGAUGCUAAAAAAGGACAAAAUGUUUCACUUUUGGGUAAACACAUUCUUCAUACCAGGACCAGAGGAAACCUCAGAAAAAGUAGAAAAUGGAAGUCUCUGUGAUCAAGAAAUUGAUAGUAUUUGCAGUAUAGAACGUGCAGAUAAUGACAAGGAAUAUCUAGUACUCACUCUAACAAAAAAUGAUCUUGACAAAGCAAACAAAGACGAGGCCAACCGAUACUUUUCUCCAAAUUUUAAGGUGAAACUGUACUUCACGAAAACAGUAGAGGAGCCGUCAAGUCCCGAGGCUAGCAGUUCAACUUCUGUAACACCAGAUGUUAGUGACAAUGAACCUGAUCAUUAUAGAUAUUCUGACACCACUGACUCUGAUCCAGAGAAUGAACCUUUUGAUGAAGAUCAGCAUACACAAAUUACAAAAGUCUGAAUUUUUUUUUAAUCAAGAGGGAUAAAACACCAUGAAAACAAACUUGAAUAAACUGAAAUUGGUCCUUUUUUUUAAUGGCAAUAGGACAUUGUGUCAGAUUACCAGUUAUAGGAACAAUUCUCUUUUCCUGACCAAUCUUGUUUUACCCUAUACAUCCACAGGGUUUUGACACUUGUUGUCCAGUUGAAAAAAGGUUGUGUAGCUGUGUCAUGUAUAUACCUUUUUGUGUCAAAAGGACAUUUAAAAUUCAAUUAGGAUAAAUAAAGAUGGCACUUUCCCAUUUUA